AUGGACACCGUGCUCCCCCUCGAGGCGAUCGACAAGGCCAUCGGCAAACAGGUGCGUGUCCUCAUGGCGCUGGACAAGGAGUUCGAAGGCACGCUCGCCGGCUUCGACGACUUCGUCAACAUGGUGUUGGAAAACGUCACCGAGACCACCGACCGCGACAACGCCCUGCCCACCCCGGUGAAGAAGAUGUUGCUCAACGGCGGCCACGUCGCCAUGAUUGUUGUCAAGGACUAG